AUGCAGGCGUGUGUGUCACACAGUCCAUGGGAGGCUAUCUUACGGUAACGCUGUGGACGACCACAGACGACAGACGUAACCUGGGGACUAUAGAGGCACACAAUUAUACACCUCAAAAAAUGCAAUCCAAUUUUCGUCCAAACAGAUGAUCAAAAAAUGACAAAUGACAGCCUUGCAAGGGUGUUGGUGUUUUGCUUUCUCCUCUGCAUCUCCAAAGACUCAAUUGCAGAGGUCUCAAAGGAACUUGAAGUAAAAGUGAACAUGUUGCUUCAGCAUGAGAAAAAUGAUCCUAAAUGUUUCCUGAAUGGGACAGUUCAAAUCUUUUGCUUUUGGGAAGAGAGGGAUGAAGACAAUGGGGCCGCAGAUCAGUAUACAUUCAGAUAUACAUACCAAUACUGUGGCACUGCAGUCUGUCCUGUCACAGUCUUCUCCAUUGGUGACGGGAGGAAAUUCUAUUCUUGUGAGGAUUUUCAAGCUACACUGUACGUUCCACUCUCCAUACAAGUGUUGCGUGGUGAGCAAGUAAUCCACAACCGCACCGUCUUCAAUGAUCACAUCAUCCUACUAGAUCCUCCAAGAAACCUGACACUGAGAACAACAGCAAAGCCAGGCCAGCUGAAGGUGAACUGGGAGCAACCAAUCUUCAUUGAUGGCGACCUGCUGUACGAGAUUAGCUAUGCUGUUACAGGAAGCCAGAUGGGAAAGCGCGAGGAGGUGCGCAGCAAAACAGACCUGCUCCUCCAAAACCUGCUGCCAGGUGCCAACUACUCAGUGAGGGCCCGCGCUCGACCUCAGAGCUCAGGCUUCAAUGGCUGGUGGAGUGCCUGGUCAGCUCCAGUGACGAUUAGGAUACCUAAUGAGAUGGACCCCCUCAUACUAUCAAUGAGUCUCAUAAUCUCCUUCAUCGUCCUUCUGCUCUCUUUGACCAUCCUCUUGAACCAUCGCAAGUUCCUUUCAAAGAUCCUGUGGCCCACCAUUCCAAGCCCUGAAAGCAAAUUUCCUGAUCUCUUCACUGUCUACAAGGGGGAUUUCCAGGAAUGGAUGAACCAAAGCACUGGCCGUAUGAGGUGGAUCCCAGCCCACUACUACAUAGAGGAGCCUGUGGCACCGCUGGAGGUGCUCUCGGAGGUCACCGUCAGACCGACCCAGCCCAGUCGCGUUUCACCUCCCAGGGACACUCAAGCCCCAGAGGCUGAUGGAGCCAGGCGGCUGGAGGUGGGCGAGCAGGAGGUGGAGAGAGGCUCUUCGCACAGGUGGGCUGAACUGCAGCACGAGGCUUGGAUGUUGGAGCACCUUCGGAACCUGCAUCACCACCCGCCCCCCCUCUCCCAGUCCUCUCUCCUGGAGUCCCAGGACGCCUACGUCUCCCUCAACAACUCGCGGAAGCCCGAGGAAGAAGAGGAGACGCCAGAGAAGGAGGGGGGUGGCCUGGAGGACAUCCUGGAGGAGUCCAUACCUCUGCAGACUCUAUUCGCAGGGACAGGAACCAGGUCGUCCGCAUCGCACUCCGACCUGGGCUCCCUGCAGCAGAGCUCCGGCUCGGGUCGACUGUCUGCCCAGUCCAGCUUGGAGUACCCUAACCAGACCUGGCCACCACACGGCCCCAGCUACACCUACAUGGCCGUGGCUGACUCGGGAGUGUCCAUGGACUACAGCCCCAUGAGUUCCAGCCAGAUCGCAGACGCCGAGCGGAAACACAAGCCCAGGGUCAUCUACACCAACGAGUAUAAAAACGAGCUGCCCCUCCACAAACACUGGCCACUAAUGGGGGCAGCCCACGGGCUCCUGAGGGCUGAACUCGUGGACUCUGCAGCUCCGAAACACCAAACGUAAGCUUUCAUCGAAGGGCAGCAGUGGAUUUCCAAAAAAAGAAGAGGACAUUAUGAGCGUUUCUCCCUGUUGAUGUGCAUUUGCCAUAUGCACCCGUCUUUAGCUUCUAGUAUUGAAACUGAAGUGGACGCGCAAACAACGGAUGAAGGCUUUGACAAUAUAUAAAGAGGCAGAGAAAUGAACAACUGGGUGAAGGCAGAGGAAUCAAUAACUGGGUGUCCAUUCAGCUCAUUUGCUUAUGUGCACUACUCAGUGAAAGAAAAUCCGUAAGCAUUUGCAUCCGCUAUUUAUGCAAAUUAAAAAUUAAAGGGCAUUCGGGCAACGUUUAUGGAAACACAUAAAACUGUAUCAAAUGCUAAUUUAUGUGAAUACACUCGUUUCCAUCAAACUUAUUCCUUAUGCAAAUUUGAGUGUUUAUCCACCCACUUUUGCAUAUCAAAUAUGUAUUUGCAUGAAAAGAUCUUGUGCAAAUUUUGAGUGCUUCCAAUCAGAACUACUACUUUGAAUGGUAAAAAUGUGCCUUAAAAAGUUUAAUGGAAACCCAGCUAUUGAAAUAAUGAAUUUUGCCAUAAUGUGAAUGUGCCAUUUGGCACUGUGUGAGAGCUGCAUACAUGCAGCUAUUACUGUGAUCAUGAAUUUAGUCAUUAUUAUUUAAGAACCAUGUCAGUGUCGAUUUAUGUCAAAUGUUGUUAAUGUUAUUCUCUGCAAAAACAUUUCUUUUUUUUCAUCAUCUUAAAAAAAAUCAUGUAUUUUUUGUUGUCAUUGUUAAAAUUGUCAGUGUUCUUUACAAUUACACACAAUCAGACAAAUAAGCAUUACUGUAGGAUGUGGAUUAAGAGAAAAGAGUUGAUAUCAGAAUUUUCUCUUGACACUUAUCUCCAGCUUGCGGACAGGUUGAGUAUAUUCACUCUAUAAAGUCACUGGAUAUGCCAUUUUGUGGCCCAAUUUCUUAUGGGUUGUUUUACAAACUGUUAAUAUAUGUUUUAUUAGAACACAAUACAAAUGUCUGCUUCUGCUGUUGUUAAUUCAUGUAAAGCUUUUUCAGCAUUACUUAUAAGUGACUUAUUUUUUAAAAAAGCAGCGGAGUGAUUAUAAUUGUUUAUAAUUGUAAUUAAUCAUAAAACAGCCCAGACUAUAGUUUCAGAAAAAUUGCACAGAAUACCUUUCUGUAAUUUAUCAACAUUUAUUUGCCUCGACCCUGGAGACAUUCAAAAAUAUUUUGAGGCAUUCACCCAGUAGCCAAUAGCUAGCAAGUAUCUCCAAAGGACUUGGAUUUUUGCAAAUUUACAGUAAAACUGUGUUUAUUAUGUCAAGAUUUUUUUUACCUUGUUAUGUCAUGUGAUAUUUCAUUCAAUAUAUUUGUAUGUAAUUCUGUUUUAUAUCCAGAAAUACACUAUAUAACUCUGUAAGUAGCUCUGCCUUUUUUCCCCCUUGAGGGCCAGACUAGUUAGUUAGUUAACCUCGGAAAGACCUUCACGUAGACUUCUGAUCUAAGACAUGUCUCUUGUGACUGUUGUAUUGAAUAACACAAAACAUGUAAAUAUAAAUAUAAAUGUAUAAACAAAUAUCAUAGUUCCACAUGUAAAACAAAACAGGAUUAUGAUCAACAGAAUGUUUGUUAAUUUCCUUGUCAGUCUUUUUGGUAAUCUUAUCUCAUGGAAAUAUUGUACUUUCUGUAAAUAUGUACUUUUCUGACAAUAUAACAUUUAAAUUUGCUUUAAAACUGUUUCAAAGAAUGAGAGAUUUGUGUAAAUAGUUUGUUAUUCUAUACAGACAAAGACUGUCAGAUGUAAACACACUGAACCAUUUUUAUACUUACGAUACAUAAACUUCAUCCCCAUAAA